UAUACCAUAUGAAAAACAAAACGUGGAAACCAAUCCCAGGUCAUAUGUUCUGCAUAAGUUCUUUCCAAUUGCAACUCUAACCAGGCACAAUAAUCUAAAAGAUGUUUGUUCAUCGGCUGCUUAAACAUGCCAAGUUAUCUGUCCUCCCUCUAAUCACUUUCUCUGCCAUAAUUUUUCAUAUCUAUGCAGAUGGUAUUGUCUACCAUGAUUCCCUACACUCUGCUGCUAAUACCGAAGCUCCAGAGAAGUUAGAAGUUCACAAUCACAGAACAAAAGGAAUAGGGUCAACCCUUGUUCACAUACCUUUACAUUCCAUUCAAGAGAAGGAUGAAGCCAACAGUCGAAACCAGAAGGCUCUAGUUGCCCCAUUCAAUGCCACAGAAGAAGAAAGAAUAGCAUGGCUUCAAGGACAGCUGCAUAACUUCAAGAUCUUCAAGUCGAACAACUUGACCCGACAAUUUAAUGCUCGAGUUUUGGGAUUUUUAGGCCGCAAAUGCGAGGUUCAGUUUUUCAUGACUUGGAUUUCACCUGCAAGUUUAUUUGGAGGGAGAGAAUUGCUGUCUGUGGAAAGCAUUUUCAAGAACCAUCCCAAGGCAUGUCUGAUAAUUCUAUCAAGAACUUUGGACAGCAGACAUGGCUACAGGAUCCUGAAACCACUGCUUGAUCGUGGGUUCAAAGUGCAGGCAACAGCCCCGGACUUGUCAUUUUUGGUCAAGGGGACUCCAGUUGAAGCUUGGUUUCGUGAGCUAAGGAAGGGUAGAAAGGACCCCGGUGAGAUUCCUUUGUCUCAGAAUCUAUCAAAUCUGAUAAGACUUGCAGUUCUCUACAAAUAUGGUGGUAUCUACAUAGAUACAGAUUUUAUAGUUCUGAAACCAUUAACAGGGUUAAGAAAUUCUAUUGGUGCGCAGAGCAUGAAUUUGGAUUCUAAGCACUGGACCAGAUUAAAUAAUGCAGUUCUGAUUUUUGAUAUUGGACAUCAACUUCUGCAUAGAUUCAUCAAUGAAUUUGCAUUAACUUUUGAUGGAAACAAAUGGGGACAUAAUGGUCCCUACCUGGUUUCCAGAGUGAUUAAGAGGCUGGGGAAAAGACAUGAUUUCAACUUUACAGUCUUGCCACCUAUGGCCUUUUAUCCGGUGGACUGGAACAAGAUAAAUGGGCUUUUUAUGAAGCCGAAAACUCAGGAAGAAUCAAAAUGGGUAGAAGCCAAACUGCUUCAGCUCAGAAGAAAGACUUAUGGGAUUCAUCUAUGGAACAAACAUAGUAGCAGAUUGACAAUUGAAGAAGGAAGUAUCAUGGGAAGACUUGCAUCAGAUUAUUGUGUCAUUUGUAACAAAUGGGUAUAGUUCUUAGGUAAUAGAUGUUAUAAAAAAGGUGGAGAUUUUUUCAAUCAGGGGAACCAUAUUAUACUGUUAAAGAGCAAGACUAUCAAUAUAAAAACUCUCAUUUGCAUACUUU